CCCACCGUUACAUAAGAGGAUAAGGACGGAGCUAAAGCAAGAGGAAUAUACUCUGCCGCUUCUCUCUCUCCCGCUCACGGCGACGGCGACCCGGGUGGACAUCCCAACGUCCCUCUUCCGCUAAGUCUUUCCCUCUCUGCCUCGCUCUCAUCUACCAUUCCAUCGGCGUUAUUCUCUCUCUUCCCCUCUUUUUAGAACCCUCGAUUCCUCCCCCUCCUCCACCAGCGAUCCUCCCGAAAUCGACUAGUCCUUGGGCGAUCUCCAAGGCAUGAAAUUUGGCAAGGAUUUCAGGAACCACCUCGACGAGACGUUGCCAGAGUGGAGGGACAAGUUCCUCGCCUACAAGACCCUCAAGAAACUUAUCAAGCACCUCCCCCAGCCACCGCCGCUGCCAGAAAUGCAGGACGAACCGCUUAAUCCUGCUGCUGCCGCUCCACCGUUGGUCGUCCUGGAAGCGUGGUUCGUCCGCAUCCUGGACGAGGAGCUGGAGAAGUUUAAUGAUUUCUAUGUCGAUAAAGAGGAGGAUUUCGUGAUCCGUUUGCAGGAAGGAAGGUCUCUUGCAAGGAUCAAUGAUGUUGUGGUACCAAAGGAACAAAUAAUUGCAUGGCUAUUCUACUGUGAACUCUAUUAUCAUAUAGUGAUCAUCAAUUACCAGGAACUCAAGGAAAGAAUCGAGAGGAUCAGGACAAGCAGGAACAGAGCUUUUUCAUCUGAAAGAGAAUUCAGUGAGGAGAUGUUGGAGAUUCGUAAAGCCUUUGUUACUAUCCAUGGGGAGAUGGUUCUACUUAAGAACUACAGCUCCCUCAACUUUGCAGGACUUGUCAAAAUUCUCAAGAAAUAUGACAAGAGAACAGGAGGUUGGCUUAGACUGCCUUUUACUCAACGUGCUCUUCAUCAGCCAUUCUUCACAACUGAGCCACUAACACGGCUGGUGCAUGAAUGUGAAGCGAAUCUUGAGCUUCUAUUCCCAUUGGAACCUGAGGUGGUCGAACCAAACCAAGACGAGGCACAUCAACAACGUAACCCAGAGGUUUCACCCAUUCGAGCUGAUUUUGUAUAUCGAAGCACAUUAGCUGCACUGAGAGCAAUACAAGGACUUAGGAGAGCCAGCUCCACCUACAAUCCCCUUUCUCUUGCACAGUUCUUUCAUGGUGAAGGUGCAGACAAUGAAUAUGGAGCUGUUACUUCUGAGAAUUCCACUUCUAACUCCUUGACAACCUCACAAAACAAUGAGGCGGACUACGGAACCGAUGACUAGUGGUUUCCUGGGAAUUAUUAAUCUGCAUCGAACUGUUUUCCUGUUCGUGGCUCUUGAUUGCAAAGGACAUCGGUUGUCUGGGAGAGACAACGAUCAAUGGACGUAAAUAGAAUUCUUCUCAAGGGAAGUGCAUAUAUUGGAGCAAAAAUUUUCAUGUUUUUGUUCUCUUUCUUCUCAGAAUAUGUUAAUAUUUUCUUGUCACGAUUUGGUCCUUGCAACAAACUGAAGUCAAAACAACUUGUUUAAUGCGUUCCUAGUUCAUGUCA